CUUAAUUUGUCUUUAACAAUGGGGGAUGGGUUCCCUGGACUUUCAUUUACCGUAUUUUCUGUUAUCCUGAUAUCAUGCAUCUAUCAAUCAUAUGGGAAAGGGGAGAAAGGUGAGGAGAAAUUGCAGGGCUGUGAUUUGUUUCAAGGAAGUUGGAUUUUGGAUGAAACUUAUCCUCUUUAUGAUGGCUCCUCUUGCCCGUUUGUGAACAAAGACUUUAAUUGCCAGGGAAAUGGACGGCCUGAUAAACAGUAUCUCAAAUACAAAUGGAAGCCUGCUGCUUGUGCACUACCAAGAUUUAAUGGAGAGAAUUUCUUAAGGACGAUGAAGGAAAAGAAAAUUCUAUUUAUAGGGGAUUCUAUAACUAAUAAUCAGUGGGAGUCCCUAACCUGCAUAUUGCAUGCUGCCGUGCCGAAAUCCAGUUACAAUUUUGAAAAUAAUACCCUUAACAUGAAAGAUUAUGGAGUCUCAGUGAGCUUUUCUCGAAAUGUAUUCUUGGUUGAUAUAGUGGAAGAAAAGAUAGGGCGGGUUUUAAAGCUCGACUCCAUUAAAAAUGGCGAUUCAUGGAAAGGAUACGAUGUGCUUAUUUUUAAUACCUGGCAUUGGUGGACCCACAAUGAUAGUCAAAAACCAUGGGACUACAUGGAAAUAGGAGGGAAGACAGUUAAAGACAUGGAUCGUUUGGCUGCCUUUAAGGAGGGAUUAACUACUUGGUCAAAGUGGGUCGACUCAAACAUUGACCCUAAAAUUACCAAAGUAUUCUUUCAGGGCAUUUCUCCAACUCAUUUCAGUUCAAGAGAGUGGAAUGCAACAACAAAUAAAAAUUGUAAGGGAGAAACCACACCGGUUAAUGGUUCAGUAUAUCCUGGUGGCACACCGCCGCAGGUAGGUGUUGUGAAGGAGGUGUUGAGCAAGAUGUCUAAGCCGGUAACCUUGCUGGAUACAACCACAUUAUCGCAACUAAGAAAGGACGGCCAUCCGUCCACUUAUGUCACCAAUAAGAAAGGAGAUGAUUGUAGCCAUUGGUGUCUGGCCGGUGUUCCUGAUACUUGGAAUGAAAUUCUCUAUGCAAUUCUUACAAACGGUCAACUUUGAUUCUUCUUAUAUAUUGUGUGAUCUAUUGUCAUACAAUCCAAUGGUAAUUUUUUUUAAUAAAAAUGAAAAAUUUUA